AUCUGGACCACAACAGCAAAUACGUGCGAAGGUGCACGAGACGCUGCUGCGGCUAAUAACGCCGAGUUCUGGUUAAGUAAACGUUAUUAAGACGAGGCAAACAGUCACGACAAAGUGCGAAAUUACCAAACUACAAACACAUGAAAACCUUCAAAGAGCCUUGUUAGACAAAGCUGAGAGGCUGAGAUGCUGCUAAUGUCGUCCACUCUGAAUGGAUGGAGGAGGAGGCCGACAUUAUAGCAGGUCGGCUAGCAUGCUAACAGGCUAAUUUGGUCGGUUAUAAUUUGGUGAUGAACACAGUCUCACAGUUUGAUUAAAUCGUCGCGGCUUCUUACCUGUCGGUGAUACGGUCUUUUACUCAAACUCUGAUAUAGCAGAAUCGUUUUCGGAGGUGCUCCUCGGAGAGAAAGGUAGCUUUGCCGGCAUUCACCUGCUCCUCCUGCACGUCUGUUGUUGACAGUGGACUGUGGAGCCGCAGCGCUGCGCGAUGAUGGCGGGAAUGUGACAACGGAAAUGAUAACCGAGAGCGCGUUCGGUCGUCUUCUCGCGAGAGUUCACUAUUAGCGUUCGGGUUGCUCAACUGAAACUAGCAUCCUCGCUACGAAAUGUAAUCGGUAGCGCGUACUAUUAAGAGACCGGGGGAAGAAAAAACUAUUUACGCUUUUUCUAACCGGUUUCAUAGUUUGAGUCACGUUUUUGUAAUGUUGCUGUAUGCGCAUACUGGGAUACGCUUGCUAAAUCUUGUAGUUAGCAGUUAGCUCGGGCUAGCUGCCUGUCCGGGCUUUAUAGUUAGGCCAACUUUUUCUCGCUACCUCAUAAGUUUGCAAUAUCUCAGACUAUUUAAGCGUCUAAAUUACACUUCUGCAACACAAUUGGACACAGAUAAGAUGCUUGCGACUGGAGCAGUAAGUAUCUUAUAACAGCUUGGUGUACCGUAUUAAUUGUCUGAACACAUUUCCUAUUGUUUACCUUCAUACACAUGGAUAGAUGAGAGAAGUUCUUAUUUUUUAUACAAAAUAUACAUGUAUUACCAUAUUGUAGGUGUGCCUGUUGGUCACCUACACACAUCUUUAAAUGCAAAAGUUGUUUUGCUCAUGUGCUCUUGUGUUUACAGGCCGUAACCAACGUUACAGCCCUGGCACAGGUGGACAGGGAGAAGAUCUACCAGUGGAUCAAUGAGUUAUCCAGUCCUGAGACCAGGGAAAAUGCCCUGCUGGAGCUGAGCAAGAAACGCGAGUCUGUGCCAGACCUUGCUCCAAUGCUCUGGCACUCUUGUGGGACAAUUGCUGCCCUGCUGCAGGUAUAACCCACUCAAAUCUGCAGCUGUAACUGUGUUUCCCUUUGACUUUGUUUACUGUUUUGCCUCAGUGAUAGAUGUAAUCUGUUUCUGUACUCUUUUUUUUCUUUUUAGGAAAUAGUGAACAUCUAUCCUUCUAUAAACCCACCCACACUCACAGCUCACCAGUCUAACAGAGUAUGCAAUGCCCUGGCUCUUCUGCAGUGUGUUGCCUCACACCCUGAGACACGGUAAUGAAGAGUUUGAUAUUAUUACAUUUUUUUGAACAGUCUAUGUAUUUUACAUAUCGGUUGAAUCAAAAGUUUAUAUGGAAGGUAACAGUCCAGAAGUGACUUCUCUGUCUACAUGAAAUGGAAGUCAAUAUAAAUUUCCAGAACUUUAACUCUGCAUUAAUUAAUUAGCGUAAUCAACUUGUGAUUAGGACUGGGUGAUUUGGCAAAAAAAUAUGAUCACAAUAUAUUUUGUGCUGGUUGUAGAGCAUUUGUAAGAAAAACGAAAGAAACUAGAAAUUAGAAAGUGCACUAUUUUAUUAACAUACAAAGUGAAUAAGAUAAACUUAAGAAAAAUAUAAAAAACUUUUUUUGCUUCUGUAGUUAUACCGGGAAGAACUUCCUUAAAUGAUUAAGCAGAUCUGUUGUGUUGCUGGUUUUUGAGCGCACCGACCGCCGGCAUACCUUACACAUCAGCAUAAUUGCUCAAUGUCUCAUUGAAGAUGCGCAAACCACCGCCACACAACUGACUUUGAAUAACUAUCUUCUCAACAAUGGCAUCUUUGGAGGAUGACUCAAAGUCAUGACUGACAUCUAUUUUGCUGCCCUCAGCUCCACAUUUUGCUCCACGUUCAGUCAUUCUGUUUACUUCUCUGGCAACUUGCAGAAGUGAGCAGGAAAAGCUCGACUCUGAUUGGCUGUUUUCACGCAGAUUUCCGCUAUAUUUGAUAGAGUAAAUAAGCUCACAGCUGAUCACCGUGAUCGCACUGAAAUUUAUCACGAUCAUAUAAUCGCCCAGUCCUACUUGUGAUGUUGGUGCAUUUGUAUCUGCAUUUUCAGUAAAUUCGUGUGGAUAUGAAAGUGGCUUCUUGGAUUUAGUCUGAUAUUAACUGUAUCUGUAACUAAACAUAUUCCCUUUUUUUGUUCCUGAACAGGUCGGCUUUUCUUGCUGCUCACAUCCCUCUUUUCCUCUACCCUUUCCUACACACUGUGAGCAAAACUCGUCCAUUUGAGUACCUGCGACUCACCAGCCUUGGAGUCAUAGGUAAACUUUACUCAUGUCAAGGCUCAUCCAGUCCUGAUUGAUGGAAAUAAAACAAAACAGUGUUUUAUCAUUAAACUACCUUUCUGUGUUUUCUGCAGGUGCCUUGGUGAAAACAGAUGAACAAGAGGUGAUUAACUUCCUCCUCACCACAGAAAUCAUCCCGCUGUGUCUUCGCAUCAUGGAAUCUGGCAGCGAGCUCUCCAAGACGGUACUCAUCUAUCUGUCUACCUUGCAAACUGUCCUGUAACUGAUAUAUCGUCUUAGCUAACCUUUCACUAUGCUGGACCUUAUUUUGUUUUGCAGGUUGCUACUUUCAUACUGCAGAAGAUCCUACUGGACGACACAGGGCUGGCUUACAUUUGUCAGACAUAUGAACGUUUCUCCCAUGUGGCCAUGAUCCUUGUAAGUGACACUUGUAAAAAAACAGUUAAAUCGUUUUUCUGAAAUGAUGAUGCUUUUGGUGUCAAUGGAGAAAAGAGAAUUUCAUGGAAUCUUUUUACUUUUUUUUUCACAGGGCAAAAUGGUGCUUCAGCUCUCCAAGGAACCCUCAGCUCGGCUGUUGAAGCAUGUCGUCCGCUGCUACCUUCGACUCUCAGAUAAUCUCAGGUACGGCAGCGUAGACAUGUCUGUCAGUGUCAAAGCUGAGGGAGCUUUGCAGAGAAGUAAUACAUGAUUAAAAGUUCUUAAAAGGUUUCAUGAAGCAGCGUGUUUUUAAGAGUAAAGAGAACUUGUUUGUGACAUGUGUCCUCCCUUUCUUCCUCAGGGCCAGAGAAGCCCUGCGUCAGUGUCUACCAGACCAGCUGAAAGACAGCACCUUUGCCCAGGUGCUGAAGGACGACACCACCACAAAGCGCUGGCUGGCACAAUUAGUCAAAAACCUGCAAGAAGGCCAAGUCACUGACGCCAGAGGGAUCCCCCUGGCCCCACAGUGAGAGGGACAAAAUGUGUUUACAGCUGACACAGGAGGACUCUUUAUCACAGUUCAGAUUUCAUAUUCUGCCAAAUGUGGUGCUAAGACUGCCUGCAAAGUGAAGGACGUAUUAGUGGAAUGCUGUUGAACAGAUGGGUCGAUUCACUUCAGUUUUUACAUCAAGACAGUAUCAAAAUUAAAAAACUGUUUGAAGAGUCAGACUGAGAAAUUAUUUUCAAUAUCGCUUUAUAGAUGAAAAACAUGUUUAUUAUUUUUUUUUGCAAAUUGCUUUACGUUCGGGACUCGAGACAAAGAUUUCAUCAUCAAACAGCGUCUGAUUAAAACUUCUUUCAUAUGGUUAUUUAGAAAAAUAACUGCAUAAACCGUACUUACCUAGAAUAUUAGGGGGAAAGGUUCUCAAAAAGUACAGAUUUCAGACUUCUGUGACUGCACUGCAAUUCUCUUUGGAUGUCCAUAAACUGCUAAAUACUGAUAUUUCAAUGAUAAGCCAGCAUUGAUCGUUUAUAUCAGCACUUCCUUAACAUCAUGGGUCAGCUCAGCUCCCCAUUAAUCUCUGUACCUUUCUGUGACAUUCCACUUUGGAUUAGGAACUGAUAAUUUAGAUUUUUGAAUCCUCGUUACGACUGCGUUGUGUCUCUACUUUCUCCAAGUCUCUCAGUUUAUGCAGCACUUCAGUUACUACAGUGGACGUAUUUCUGUUUUUACUAGCUUUGCAUUUUUUGGCAGAGUAAUGCAUAAAAAGGAUUUUGGUCGAGUGUGAAAUAGCAGAAGUUGCUCAUGUUUGAAAUGUUUGAUAAAUAAACUGUUUUCCACCAAAUCAA